UAAAAGUCAUUACGCGUAGGAGUGAACGAAAGAGUGAAGAGAGAGAUAGAAUGGAAGAGAGCCUCAAGGCACGCACACACAGAACACAGCCCUUGCUUCAGACGCGACUGAGGGAUCGCGUAAGAAGGACGGGAGUUGAGAACGUUCUCUUCUCUAUUUUUUCGGGGAGAUCGGUGCGCGCGUGUGUUGUCUAGAGCGGAGGUAGAAGUUAAUCCUCUCCGUUUACCUCUCUGCAUUUUCUCUGGGAAGAACAAAAAUAAAAAAAAGAGGGGAAAAAAAAGCACGUGGUAUUUUUUUUCUUUCUGUUGCCUCCGCUGCCGUUGUUUAUUCCUAUUCUCGGUUUCGUUUUUGUUCGCGUCAACGUUUUGUUCUCUUCUAUUUACAAGUGUAAAUAAACAAAUUGAACUGUCACAUGGCGCGAUACACCACUCAACGUCGUCUCAAGGUUGCUUCCGCGUGAAAAAUCUCCACAUUUUUUUGAAGUUAAGUAUGGAAUCGUCAUAAACAUUCACAUGACGCUUUUAAAGGUGAUUUCGUUGCUGUUGCUAGAGAAGGGACAAAACGAGAAUAAUGGAAUAGCUCAUCGCAUCACAUGCCAAGAAAGGUGAAUAAGCUUCGAGCGUCCAACUCCGGAUGCCAAUUGAGCAAACGAAAGCUUUCUUCCACCGAAAAGAAUUCCCACAGCAACAGAGAUCAGAAGAAGCAUCACUUCGAUGUUCGUGAACCGGAAGAGGAGAAUCAGAUUGUUCAGAGAGUGGUUGAGGAGGCAAUGGAUGCUGUGAUACGAGAAGAAGAACGAGACAUUGACGAAGACACGAGGCGAAUCCGGGAAGCAGAAGCAGCACUCCGAUCACUAUCCGGCGAUUUCGAACCGGACACCGGCAUGGACAUUUUCUCCGAAGACGUGCCAACGGAAAGACCUUUCUUUGAAAACCUCUUCGAGAAGAAGGAAGAAGUGAUACCCAAGACGGCCGAGGUGGUGACCAACUCCUGGAAAGAUGUGGUCACGCUGAGCGCGUCGUCCAGUUCUUGUUGCAGCAGUGAGCGGUCACCCCUCAGAUCGCCCAUUCUCUCGCCGGUGGUCAACCACGUGAUCAAAGAAGAGAGAAGGGACGAUAUGGAGACGACCCUGUACCAACAGCCCAAAGAGGAGGAAUAUUCACCUCUCAGAAACCACCAUUACACUCAACCACAGACGCCUGUCAGUUCUCCAGAAACGAAUUUCAAUGUUCCCACGUCGGUCGAUGCCAAACCUCAGAGCUGCACCAGUCAAUUCAGCUCGGCCGACGAGGUAUUCGACGAGUUCACACCCCUACCCUCCUCUCAGACGACGCAAGAGGAUAGCAGGAGUAUGGACAAUGUCGUCAAUGAAACAGAGCCUUACGACGUAGCUAGUUUACUCAAAAUUGAAGAAGAGUGUGCCAACAUCCAGUCACUGGUGGGAACAGACGGUUUCAACAUGCAAACAGACGCUUACUCCUCCAGAGAACAACCUCAGAUGCAUGAAAUGAAACCCAGCAUCCACCCCCAGCAGAUGCAGCAAUCCUACUGCAGGAUGGACGAGGGAUACGGUGGAGAAUACUAUCCCCCUUACAGUCCCGUCUCCAGGAGAUAUCUGCAACUGGACAAUAAACUUCAGGAAUCGGUCAAGAGACCGCUUUCCUUCGAUGAUCAUCUUCUGCCGUUACCGGAAGAUGACCAUCCUCUUGUGAUUGACGAAGGUCACCGGUACGGGGGUGGUCUGGAGGAAGAAGAGGACAGCAAUUCUCUGCAGUCUUGUAGUCAGCAGAGUGGGUCAACACCCCACUACAACAACUGUUGUGAGAUGAUGCCUUCUCCCCACUCGGACAUGAGUGAUGGAAGGAGGAUGCUGGAAUGUUCUCCUCAGGAUCCUUCUCUGAGAGACGGGAAAUGUCCUACUCCUGGUUGCAAUGGAUCAGGGCACGUCACCGGUCUCUACUCUCAUCACAGAAGCUUAUCGGGUUGCCCAAGAAAAGACAGAAUAACACCCGAAAUUUUAGCCUUACAUGAGACAAUAUUAAAUUUGUCGGGAUGUCCUAUAGCAGCAAUGGAGAAAAUGGUUCAAAAGGAACAGAGGGCCACGCCAAAACCUUCACCUCCUCUUGGUCAAAUUCCUUCUGGACCAUCCUCUCCAGAUUGUGUGAUGAGGACAUUGUGCUACGUGAAGCAGACCGACAUGCCAGACUACAGGUAUCCCAUGUACGGACAACCCGUUAAAUCACCCAUGGAGAAGUACGGACGAUCACAGACUCCAGACUUCAACUCUUACGACAGGUUCUACGGACGACCUAUGCCAAAAAUUAAAUCUGAAUCACCAGAUGGACAGAACAUGCUUAACAAACAAAAUGUUCCAAAUUUAUGUGGACAGAGGAAUUCCGUUGUGGUGUCAUCCAAACAAAUGUACUCUCCACCUUCGACGGGGGAAACGGAACAAACGGAACCCGUCGAUUUCUCAACGGGUCACGACGACCGGGUGAGGCCGGAUUUACCUCACAUGUUACCGAAUGCAACCCCUUCACCAUCACCUCGAUCUCCGGGAAGAUUGCCCCCCCUGGAUGCUUCCCCUCAUCUGCCUCACCCACCCUAUUCACAAAGUCCUCUUGGACCCCCAGGACACCAUCUCAUGCCCUCACCACCCGAAUAUGUACCCGAAAAGUGCAUCCAACCAAAAAUGAAAAGCAGAGGAAGAGAAGGACGGGAACUGAUUCAUUGUCCCACCCCAGGCUGUGAUGGAAUGGGGCAUGUAUCCGGUAACUACGCAACACACCGAAGUCUCUCCGGCUGCCCGCAUGCUGACCGUUCGCAGAUACAUGCACAGCAUCAAGAUUUAAAACCAAACUUGUGCUACAAUGAAAAACCAACUGGUCAGUGGUACAGAUACCCAAAUAAUCAACAUGAUAAAUCCAUGUCUCCUAUUCUCAGGUGCCCUACUCCGGGAUGUGAUGGAUCUGGUCAUGUGACUGGGAAUUAUUCUUCGCACCGCAGCCUGUCCGGUUGUCCGAGAGCUAACAAGCCAAAGAAAAUGGUGAACAGGGACGAGAAAAACGAUUCAGAGCCUCUCAGAUGCCCAAUACCUGGGUGUGAUGGUUCUGGACACGUCACCGGUAAAUUCCAGUCGCACAGAAGCUGUCCGACGCCAGGCUGUGAUGGAAGUGGCCACGCGAACGGUACAUUCCUCACCCACCGUAGUCUUUCAGGCUGCCCCAGGGCGGCCCAGGCGGUGCGUAAGGCUAAGGCUUCCAAUGAUGACGACACACCUGCUGUGGCCAUCAAGCAACAGUCAGUAACUGGUGUGGUGGGGGAUCAUUCCAGCAGCAUCCAAGCCCUGGAAGACGAGAUAAUGGAACUCCAGGAGUACAAUGCCCAGGUGGAAUCGGAGAUGCAUCAGUUGCAAACAGAUAUCACCCAAAUGGAGGAACCGAUAUCGAGAAUUUUGGACCGAGAGAGUCUCCAUUCCACUUCUCAGAAGACAAAUCAACUGACCGAAUACUACGCAUCCCUUCGGAACAAUUUCAUCAACCUCCUGGACCACGUCCGGUUGCCCAACUUAGACGAGAAACCUAUCCCGGACAAUUUCGACACCUACUUGAACAGACUUCAGUCUCUCUGUGCGGACAACUCUAAAGAUGAAGGAUCAUCAUCCAAACAAUCUUCUCUGCAAGAAUUCAAUUCUGCACCCAUGCAACAAGCCAGCCGUUGGGUCAGAUCAUGAGACUCACCCCUAUUCUACCUCCCUUCGUACUCAACGAGUUGCCUAAAAAGGUUUUUGUAAAUAUCUACAAGAUAUAUAUAUAUAUAUAUACAUAUUGAAGCAAAACUAUACGUGUAUUUCCAGAAAAAGAACUUUGUCAAAAGACACUUUGAAAAAUGGCACUUAUAUAGAAAAAAAAUAACCUAUAAAAUUGUACAUAAGAAGAAACUGACCAUUGUGAGUGUUUUUAAUUUUUUUUUUAAAUAAUAAUUUUUCGACCCCCAGGUAUCAAAUGACAACGAGUUCAACAGUGGUCGAUAGAUGAAAAAAGCUCAUUUAUUCCAAAGCUCAGCACACUUCAUGCUAAUCGUUGAAACUGAAAUUAGACUGUAGCAAAGGAAAAAAAUAUUAGUUCGCUACCGAUUGUUAGAGUUAAAUUACAGUCUUUCAGAACGAAAAGAUAUUUAUCAAAAAGAAAUCAAAGCAAAAUAUACUUAACCCUAAAGCAUUCCAAAACAAAAAUGGCUACGUGAAAAAAUUCAAGAUGAGUAGCCAGAUUUAAAUACGUACAUAUGGAAGAUAUUAAUAACUUUCUUCUGAGCCCAAAAGAGAGAAUUCCAUAGACUGGAGAAAAGACGGCGGAGUGGUAAAAAAAGAGAACAUUUUGUUGCACGUCGAAAAUGGCGUCAAGAAUCUGGGAUCUGUGUUAGUUCUUGUAAAUAGCUUCAUCCAACAAAAAAAAAAAAAAAAAAGACUUGAACGUAGUUCAACUAAUUAUGAUGUGAUUAUUUCACCACCUGCAGGGAUUUAGACCCAUUUAGUGAUUUGUAAAUCACUUUUGGUUGUUGGCGCUUUUUUUAAGUGUGUCCAUGUUAUUGAUGAACUGUAUAGCGUUUAGAACGAUUUUCUCAACACUGAAAAAAAAAUGUUAUGUUUUUCUCACUACAUUGCAUCCAUUCACGAAUCAUACAUAACACAUUCCUUCUCGCGAUUCUAUUUUUAUGAACUAUUUGAAGAAUGAAAAAAAGAAUUGUUUUCACAUUAGCGUGCUCUAAUGUUUCCAAUUGUUUAUGUACAUUAAGGUGAGAAAACUCAUUAUUGAAAAAUCCACUUUCCAUAAAAUUAUGAAGCAUUGUUCAUGUUUAAGAAAUUGCAACCGAGACGUAAAUAGUAAAACAAAUUUAAAAAACUA